AUGUCAACAAAUCACCGACCAAGAUUAGAAACGAAGAAGGGGAUAAAGAGGGAUAUCAGUGGGAGUAUAGCUCAUGCCCGGGGUAUGAAGCAACAGAUGGGACUCAAAUAUCGUCAUGAUCAAGUGUUUGAGGUCAGUGAAAAUGAGGCAAAGGAUGAUGAGAAUGAUGAGACGGAUGAGAUAAAGAAGAUCAUCAUAGAGAAUGAUAAAGAUGAACCAAAGAAGUUGAAGGAGAAAUCAGAGAAAAUAAAAGAAUCACACAAGGAGGAAUCUAAAGAGUCACAACCACAGACGAUCAAAGAUAACCUAACAAAAGAAAUCAGUGAAGGUGAAAGUCUGGAUAACGAUAGCGAAGAUGAAGCAGAGUUACUUAAGGAACUUGAAAAUCUUCAGAAACCUGAACUUCAACCUGAACCUGAACCUCAACAACCACAAAAGAAAUCAUGGAGGAAAUCAAAGUUCAAAAAGCCAAAAGUUCAAGAUGAUUAUACCAACAAUUCCAUUGAUUCAAAGUUUCAUCAGGAUUUCUUAAACAAAUUUGUAAAAUAG